CAACUUUUCUACAAUUGGCAGCGCGAAAGAAGGAAGGCGAUGACACUGCUUCGUCUUGCUCGGGCCACUGGCACUGUUGUGCCUGCCCUGCUGCGUGGAGGUGGUGUGCGCCUGGCCAGCAGCAAGGCCAGCGGCAGUGAUGCUGCGCUGGAGAUUGUUGCGAGGAGCAAGAGCUUUGGCGGAUACGUUACCCGAUACAGGCACUAUGCCGAGACCCUCAAGUGCGACAUGGGCUUUGCUGUCUACACGCCCCCCGUUUGCGAGACAGACCCUGCUGCCAAAUGCCCAACCAUGUAUUGGCUGUCGGGACUGACCUGCGAUGAUACCAACUUCAUCACCAAAGCCGGUGCUCAGAAGUACCUGGCAGAGAACAACCUCAUGGUUGUGUGCCCAGAUACCAGCCCUCGUGGAUGCAACCUUCCUGGCGAGGACGACGCGUACGACUUUGGCACCGGCGCUGGGUUCUACAUCUCGGCAACGACGGAGCACUACAAAGACCACUACCACAUGUACGAGUACAUCACCCAGGAGCUGCCGUCGUUUGUUGAGCAGCACCUCCCCGCCCUCCCCGCUGCCCGCUCCAUCCUCGGCCACAGCAUGGGUGGUCUUGGUGCCCUCAACCUGUACCUGAAGAACCCAACGCAGUACAAGACCGUGUCCGCUUUCUCUCCCAUCUGCAAUCCGAUCAAUUGCGCCUGGGGCCAGAAGGCGUUCCGUGGCUACCUCGGUGACGACGAGGCAACGUGGCAGGCGUGGGAUCCAUGCAUGCUUCUCUCGCAGACGGACUUGGACGCUCUGCCAGAAAUACUCAUUUCACAGGGUCUGGCUGACGAGUUUCUCGAGUCGCAGCUGCGCCCGUCGUCGCUGCCAAAGCACAAGAACAUCCGGCUGGAGAUGCACGAGGGAUACGACCACAGCUACUACUUCAUUGCGUCGUUCAUUGAGCAGCACAUCAAACACCACGCAGCCGCGCUCACCCGCUAAGUGCACACACGCACACGCACACACACACUCGCAUACACACUCGCAUACACGCACACACACGUCAUGGUUGUUGCGUGCGUUGGCGAGACAAGUGUUGGUUCGUUGUCAAACGCAUCCACUAAACGAAUGAGCAAAGCAA